GGCUCUGCGCCUGGUCUUCUCCUGCAGUCGCCCUGUGGCUCCGCGGGCGGGCAAACUGCGUGUUGCUGCGUCAUCGCCAGUGGCCGGUUUGAAUGAGACUCUCGUCGCACCCGUGCUGCCGCCACUCCCGCGCCUCCGCCUUGGCCGCCACCACAGCUUCAUCGUGUCCCUUUCCCUUCGACGCCCUUGCCAGGCCCAGCCUUCCUGCGCCGCCGCCGCCUUUUGCGCCGCCAUGCCGCUGUAUUCAGUUACUGUGAAAUGGGGAAAGGAGAAAUUUGAAGGUGUAGAAUUGAACACUGAUGAACCUCCAAUGGUGUUCAAGGCUCAGCUUUUUGCACUGACUGGAGUCCAGCCAGCCAGACAGAAAGUUAUGGUGAAAGGAGGAACAUUGAAGGAUGAUGAUUGGGGAAACAUCAAAAUAAAAAAUGGAAUGACUCUACUAAUGAUGGGGUCAGCAGAUGCUCUUCCAGAGGAGCCCUCAGCUAAAACUGUCUUUGUAGAAGACAUGACUGAAGAACAGUUAGCAUCUGCAAUGGAAUUACCAUGUGGAUUGACGAAUCUUGGUAACACUUGUUACAUGAAUGCUACAGUUCAGUGUAUUCGUUCUGUGCCUGAACUCAAAGAUGCCCUUAAAAGGUAUGCAGGUGCCUUGAGAGCUUCAGGGGAAAUGGCUUCAGCACAAUAUAUUACUGCAGCUCUUAGAGAUUUGUUUGAUUCCAUGGAUAAAACAUCUUCUAGUAUUCCACCUAUUAUCCUACUGCAAUUUUUGCACAUGGCUUUCCCACAGUUUGCAGAGAAGGGCGAACAAGGACAGUAUCUUCAACAGGAUGCUAAUGAAUGUUGGAUACAAAUGAUGCGAGUAUUGCAACAGAAAUUGGAAGCCAUAGAAGAUGAUUCUGUUAAAGAGACAGAUUCUUCAUCUGCAUCAGCAGUGACACCUUCUAAAAAGAAAAGUUUAAUUGAUCAGUUCUUCGGAGUUGAGUUUGAAACUACCAUGAAAUGUACAGAAUCUGAAGAAGAAGAAGUCACUAAAGGGAAGGAAAAUCAGCUUCAGCUUAGCUGUUUUAUCAAUCAAGAAGUCAAGUAUCUUUUUACAGGACUUAAAUUGCGACUUCAGGAGGAAAUCACCAAACAGUCUCCGACAUUACAAAGAAAUGCUUUAUACAUCAAAUCUUCCAAGAUCAGCCGACUACCUGCUUACUUGACUAUUCAGAUGGUUCGAUUUUUUUAUAAAGAGAAGGAAUCUGUGAAUGCUAAAGUUCUUAAGGAUGUUAAAUUUCCUCUUAUGUUGGACGUGUACGAACUAUGUACACCAGAACUUCAGGAGAAAAUGGUCUCUUUUCGAUCAAAGUUCAAGGAUCUAGAAGAUAAAAAAGUGAAUCAGCAACCAAAGACCAGUGACAAAAAGAGUAGUCCUCAGAAAGAAGUUAAAUACGAGCCUUUUUCUUUUGCUGAUGAUAUUGGCUCCAAUAAUUGUGGAUACUAUGACUUGCAAGCAGUGUUAACACAUCAGGGAAGGUCUAGCUCCUCAGGCCAUUAUGUAUCAUGGGUAAAAAGGAAACAAGAUGAAUGGAUUAAGUUUGAUGAUGAUAAGGUCAGCAUCGUGACACCAGAGGAUAUCUUGCGGCUUUCUGGUGGUGGAGACUGGCAUAUAGCAUAUGUUUUACUGUAUGGGCCUCGCAGAGUUGAAAUCAUGGAAGAGGAAAGUGAACAGUAAUUUUAGCUAUUUAUGUUUAGGUGUGAAAUAAAUGUUACUUGUUGAUCAUUUCUGUUAUCCAGAGCUUUAGAGGAAGCUAUUUAGGUGGUUUUAUGUGUGUCCCCUUGUGUGGAACAAAAGAGGGUGGAAGCAGACCACUCUGGAUCAAUUUAAAAAAAUUACAGAGUAAAGAAAAUUGCCUUUGGACUGUGCUUCCCUGUAUAAAGGCUGCAGGAAGAUAUUUUUAAAAAGCUUAUUUCUUGCAUUAAUUUUUAAAAAUUCUGAUUUGAAAUGCCUUUCAACCAUUACCUUCUGUGAUAAAUUUUUUCUCCCUGCCUUUUCCAGCCCAGGAUUCAGCAAUCAGAUGUUUAUUGCACACCUGUUAAUCUAUUUUUGUUGUUCUUGCAUGGUUCAAACCACCAGUGAUUCAUAGCUGCCCAUCCUUUGCCUUAUCUAACAAAAAUUUUGCCAGGAAGAUAGAAAGGAAGUAAGUGUUUUUCUCAUUGUGUUACUCAGUGCUGCUGCCCACAUCCCAUGGAAACAUGGGUAUAAUCAAGUAUUUGUCCAGCCUGACUGUUGCUGGCUUUUCAUGACUUUAAAAUAAAUUGUGAUCAAUAAUAGUACAUU